AUGAGUCAUCAAGACGAGUAUUAUAGUCCGCUGGUCAACGAAAACAGGGUGGAACUUUUGCUGGGCUUGCGAAACGAAGUCAAUUGGGAGGUCGCACACGACCGACACGAUUUACUCGAUGUAAUCGAGGAGCACAUCAGCUGGCCGACAAGCGACCCACUAGACGUCCGAGACUUUCUUUCGACCGAACAGAUCGAGUGUCUUCUCUGGGAUUCCGUGGAUCGCCACUUCGGUCUUCCAAACCAAAACUUCAUCGAGCUGGUGGCUCGCAGCGGCUACAGAGACCAGUUCGACGGCCGGCCACUGGCGCAUCGGCGCGGCACACCUCUGCAUCUGCUGCGUUACAAUCGCGUUCCCGACUGGAGGGAAAAUGUCCGGCAUCUCUUCACCAUCUACGAUCGAUUCGACGUCAAUUAUUAUGUAAAUAUUCAAAACAUCACGAACAAUCCUAAGCUUUUUAAAAUCUACAACAGAUUCGAUGUUAACUACACGGACGAAGUUGGAUUUACGCACUUUCACGCGGCCUGCAUGUACGGCUGCUACUAUACCGCGCAAAAGUUUCUCAAUCACGGCCAUGAUCCCAAUUGCAUAGAGCGAGGAACGGAUUGUACGCCGCUUCAUUAUUCCCUGACUUACGAGAAUCCAGAGGUGACCGAAUUGCUCCUGAGAAGAGGUGCGAAUCCGAAUUUGGCCGAUGCGUAUGGAUCGACGCAUCUCCAUAUUAUUUGCAGUUCGUCCAUCUUCGAUGAAAAAAGCGCCAAGAUGUUGUUUCAAAUGAGCGACCGAAAAUUUCAGCCGGUGCAAGUCGACGCCCGAGACAAGUUCGGCGAGACUCCGCUGCACAAGGUUUAUCAACAUCGCAACAAGCACGCGAUUGAAUUUCUCCUGAGACACGACGCCGAUCCAAAUGCGGCAAACGAGGACAGAUCGACUCCUCUGCACGUCUGUUGCAAGGGAGAUCUUGUUAAUUACGACUUGGGACGACUGUACACCGCUAAUUACGACUCUGGUCCACCAUCAAAAGAAGGCUGUGAAAUUGCUAUUGAGAAGAGGCUUAAAUCCAAAUUUAGCCAAUAA